GAACGCUUGGUGAUUGGUCCAUUUCCAAGGGCCGAUACCCGACGCCAAGUGGCCCCUUGCGAGUGACCGACAUAUCGACUGAUGGCUGACUACUACGAUGUGCUGGGGGUCCCCAAGUCUGCUUCGCAAGAUGAGAUCAAGAAGGCAUAUCGAAAGCUAGCCAUCAAGUAUCACCCAGACAAGAACCCCGACAAUCAAGCGGCGGCCGAAGUCAAGUUCAAAGAAAUCGGCGAGGCCUACUCGAUCCUGUCCGACGAAAACAAGAAGCAAACGUAUGAUCGGUUCGGGAAAUCCGCCGUCGACGGGUCGAAUGGCGCGGGCGCAGGCGGCAUGCAUCCGCACUUCAAUCAGCAUAACGCAGAAGAGAUCUUUCAGGCGUUUUUUGGCGGGCAAGAUCCAUUCAACGCGUUCUUCCAGGGCCAGGGCGGCAUGCAAGGGGGCGGUCAACGGGUGCACAUGUCACACUUCGGUGGCCCGGGCUUCGCGUUCCAUUUCGGAGGUCCUGGCGGCGGCAUGCCCCAACAGCGAGGUCGACGGGCACAGCCUCGGCAAGCUGGCCAAGCGCAGGAAGCACCACAGCAGCAAGCGUCCGCGCUCAGCGGCGGCAACCUCAUCCUGAUCUUUCUCUUCUUGUGGAUUAUGGGCGUUCCGUUCAGCUACCUCUGGAUCUUGCUCAUGAUCUACGGGUACUUUAACAGCGCAUUUGGGUCGCUGACUUAAGAUACGUUUAUUGCAACUAUUAAUAGUUAGCGUUCGUUGAAAUUUGUAUCGGCAAACAGCGAAAAAAUCAC